UGCCACCAAGCCACCACGUCUCCAUCCUACGCGCGGCCGCACUGUACAAACGAGUUCUGUGAGCUGUCUUUCCGAGAUUCAUUGCAACUUAUACAAGUCAUGGCGCUUCUAUUUGUCACCAUUUUGUUUGGAAUUAAUCUAGGGGUCGUCAGAGGCUGCGGCACCACCACACACAUCGAAAUAGGGCACAGAGCAACGGAAUAUUUUGAAGAUCAAACAGGAGGCGUGGAUUACAAAAAGCUGAUUCUUGACAACCAAGAUGCGUUCCAGGGAGGCAACCCGUACCCUGACGCUUUCUACCCCAAUAUAUGCGAAGGAGGUAAAUUUCACCAGGUAUCGGAGGACACUCACUGGGUGCCUUUCCUCAACGCAACAAUCAACUACAUCAGGAGGGUCUAUCCUAAGCCAUGGGACAAGGAGACAGAGAAGUUAGUGGUCUUCAUGCUUGGUUUUGCCUCACAUCAAGUCGCUGAUGUGUCCUGGCACAGUCUGGGCAUCGACCAAGGAUUCCUGAGAACUAUGGGAGAUGUGAAUUUUCAUGGUAGCUUUGACGAUGCACACAGUGUUGGAGAUAUUGGUGGGGAUAUAGUGGCGACAUUUGAGUUUGAUCUAUCAUACAUUGACAGUCUUUCAGAUUGGUACAUACCUACCAAAGAUCUUGUUGGAAUCUACAAGGAUCUGUACGGACGAGAGAGAGUCAACAGUAGCCUCAUUGAAGAAUGCACCGCGCUCUUAUUCCUAGAAAGACUUGGUGAGAAGCUUGCUAUUUCUAAGUUGUUUCCAGAUUAUGCAGCAAAGUCCCCGUUCAUGGAAGAGCAAUUUCAGUCCUAUUUCCUGGGAGGUCUGGAUGACAUGGCGACAUGGACCACCAACGUGUGGCAUGAAGCAAUCUACAUGCUAGACAAAGGCACAAGUGUGUGCAGUCUGCCCAGAAAUCCCAUAUACAUCAACUGUAAUGGCACAUCCACGGCAGCCACAAUGCCGAAGUCCGAUCCAGACGUUUCAAAACUCUCAGGACUUCACAUCAACGUUGACCUUCAUGGUUUGACCCCUGACCUUGUUGAUAAGCAGCAGACUGGAAGAGGCGUGUACUUCUCGCCGUCUGAAAAGCUGAAGAAAAAAAUUCAGAUGCUCCACAAGAAGAGAACCGCAGCGUUGAAAGCAACUCAGUCAAGAUCAAAGUCAGACAGCGCUCAUUCCUCAUCGUAUCUCAAGUCCACAUUCACAACAAGAAAUUCCUACGCACAUCUGGGAUGGUCGCUUGUCACAGCCGACGUUAACGUAGACAAGAUAGAUGAUCUGAUAAUCGGGGCACCGGGCUAUGGCAUCACUGGUAACCCACAAAAUGGACGAGUAUUUAUUGUGUUUGGUCGAGAAGAAAGCCUACCAGAACAACUUGACAUCGACACUUCUGCAAAUUUGACACUGUCGGUAACAGACAAGAAGAAUGGUCACUUUGGGACCGCUGUCGCAGUUCUUGACUUUAACCAAGACGGCUUGCCAGAUCUUGCUGUUAGUGCGCCCUCUACUGGCUCAGCAAGUCUUAACUAUACAGGUGCGGUGUACGUGUAUUUAGCCAAGUCUGCAGGAGUGUUCCCCCCUACGCCAAGCUUCACAAUUACGUGCAAGUUGAAAUACUGCAAUCUUGGAUGGUCCUUAGCAACGGCCGACCUGAACCAUGAUGGCUACCGUGACCUCAUCAUCGGGUCACCAUUCGUUGCCACUAGACAAGGUCAACAACAGAGUGGUGCAUUGUGGGUCGUUUACUCCAAGAAGGCAAAACCUGUGAGAAGAGUUCUGUCUAUUGAGACUGAAGGAACAAUUUUACUCGAAGGAGAUCAGCAAUAUGGUUGGCUUGGAUAUGACCUAGUGACGAAGGCAAAAAUGCAAGGUCAAGGGUCAUGGCUGCUAGUCUCCCAGCCAGCGGUUCGCAUCUGUGCUGAGUCUACUUGUGCGUUUUCUUCCAACGACAUCCAAAGUGUGGGCCGGCUUUUGGUGUACGACACUCUGGAUUUGACCCAACCACUGGUGAACAUCACAGGCAGGGAAAACUUUGGAAAACUGGGAUCAUCGUUUGGAAUUGGAGAUCCUUACGACAACGGCGAAGACAUUCUAGGUGUUGGAGCCGAUACUACGAAUGUCAAGGGCAAGAUUAUCGAUGUUCCCAUAACGUUCACCCAAGCUGGCAAUGUCAACUUCCUCAGUCUGAAAUCCGCUGGAGACGGCAUUAAAAAGAAACUUGGAAGUUUCAAGUUUGCACCGAGGACUGAAUCUGAAAUGUUAGCUCUUCUUGAAGGAGACCGGAGCUUGGCUCGGUUUGGGGCCAGUCUGCUGAUGGAAGACGUCACAAAUGAUGGAGUUGACGAUGUAGUAAUUGGCGCUCCAUUGCGGAUUGAUGACAUCACUGAAGAACUCUAUGGAGGUGAACAAGGAGCAGUGUAUGUAUUUAAAGGCAGCAAAUCAUUUCCCAGAGGGAAUGUCACCAGACAGUGCAAUCUCCUGCACAAGGAGGUCGAACCAUGCCCUGGCAAUAAGGCCAUUGCAGUAUUAUCAAUUUCGGAGUCUGGUGGUCGUUUUGGUCAUCGAAUGGUUUCAUGGAAAAAUGGCAAGAUGACGAGUUUGGUUGUAGCUGCCCCGAGAAGUAGCAAGGGAGGUCGGCUGGCUGGGUCGGUGUUGGUCUACUCUGGUUUCAACUGACGAGGUUUGGCUUCAUAAGAAGAAGAAUAAUUACGGGUACUUAUAUUGCACAAAGAUCAAAGGGCUUUACAUUAAUAUUAUUGUUACCCCUGAUCGUUGGGCCAAUGAAACAUUCCAAAUGCCAUCUCAGUUCCCCUCAUUUAAUAACAUCAUAGAUUUACACCAUUUUUCUACAAAUAUCGUGCUUUACUUUGUACAAAUUAACUGACAAUUUACAAAUGUGAAUUCAAUAUAGACAUCUGUCAACAAAAUAUAUAUAUUAUUUAUUACAAUUGUUGUUUUAUUUGGUAAUUAAAGGGAAAGUAGAUAAUCUGUUGUAAACUUAAAGAAAAAUGUACAGAACUCUGAAAUAAAUGAUAGAACCAAUUUUUUGAAGGUA